AUGAAUAUCCUCAAACUCCAAAAUUAAAAAUUCCAUAGAAUAUCUCAAGACCUGAAUACUUAAGGAAUAACAACUGAUGAUAUCGAUAAAAUUUGCCACGAAUUCAUAAUUAAAAACGGCGCAUAUCCCACAUGCUUAGGAUUUAAUAAUUACCCUAAAACUAUAUGUACGAGUGUCAAUGAAGUUUUAUGUCAUGGAAUUCCUGAUUAAAGACCUUUAGAAAAUGGUGAUUAUUUAAAUUUGGAUAUUUCUUUAUAUUUAAAUGGAGUACAUGGCGAUACCUCCAUAAUGAUAUAAAUAGGGGAAAAAGUUCACCCAGAAAUUUAGAAACUAAUAAAAACUACUCAAUAAGCUCUAUAUGAAAGUAUAAAAAUAUGUUAACCAGGACAUGGAAUCGGGCACUUAUUACAUUUACCACCUGUUAUUUAUCAUUGUAAAAAAACGUAAAUGGAAAGUCCCUAUGUAAUGGAAGAAGGGAUGGUUUUUACUAUAGAACCUAUUUUUACUAUGUAGUUUUAAGAUUGCUUUAUUUGGGAAGAUUAAUUUACUGUAGUUUCGCCUUUUAAUCCAUCAGCUUAAUGGGAACAUACUGUUUUAGUUACUGAUAGUGGAUACGAAGUACUUACUCAAAGAACAUGA